GGCUCCAGCAGUUCGCUUUUAAGUUUGAGCUCCUCAAGGCCACCAGGAGUUCCUCCAGAGCGAGCACCACCCACGGCCGGUGGGACCUGAGGACCCCGCGGCAGCCAAGCCGGGCGGGCACCGCCCCAUCCGCCCACCGGGCAGACGCCCACCCCACGCACCCGCCCCGCACCACGCAACAUCGCCCUAGCGCCUCUGCGACUGGCGCCGCGCGGAAUGCGUCGCCUACGAUUGGACAAACGCUCUAUAGCGCCAUCUCAGCCUACCGCGCGGUGCGCGCUCUCAUUGGUUCGGACGGCGUGGGAGGCGGGGUCUGUUCAAGGGGCAGUGCCGGAUCUGAGCCCCGCCCCCCGGUCCCUCGGCUGGGCUGAGCCCGCCCGGCGGCUGAAGCGCGUGGGGCCGCGCUGCGAGCGGGGCGCGCAGCGGUUACUCUGGUUACAGUCCGCGAGGGAUGCUGGGGACCCAGAGGGCUGGAGCCUUCGCCUCGCUCUGAAAAGACGCUCAUCCGAGACAGCCAUUCACCUUCGAGGAAGAGCACCUGCUGCUGGUGACAAAAGACCGUUUACAACCAGACGAGUGGACGUCGAAGUAUACAGUAACAUUCGCACACCUCAGCCCAAUAGAGACCCACCUGGCCAUCAGUUGGCUGAAUGAAGUGUGUAAUCAGGAGCUGUUGGAGUAGGCAGGCUGUAAAUGUUGCUUUUUAAGAUCUGGACAACUUAAGAUACGUUUGUACUCCCAAUGAUUUCAAAAAUUGAUCUCAUCUAACUCGUGAUCCUGAAACUAUUGACUGGAAGAAGUAAGGCCGGUGUCCCGGACCCCUUUGAGAACUACGUAUUGGGGACAUUUUAGUCACCUAAAC